GGUGUGAUCGGUGUGCAGCUGGUGGUUACUAUGGUAAUGGCCAGUGUAAUUCAGAAGAUCAUACCUCAUUACUCCUUUGCAAGAUGGCUACUCUGCAGUGGGAGGUAAUGUAGAACUCUGUACCUGACAUUUUAUGUUUCUGAUGGUGUCUUUAAGAACCAUGAUUUAAUCUCCUCAGUGGUUUUCCCAUCAGAACAAUUCAUUUUAAAUUCUUAACAAUGCAGAAAAUAGUAUUUGCUUAACUUGUAAACAGUCUCUCUUUUUUCAUUGUCUGCUGAAAAGGAAUAAUAAAAAAAAAACAUAAUUUAAGUCACAUUGCAUAGACCAAAGGGCAUCAUCAAAUAUUGGGAUGACCCGAGAGGACGGGCAAUAAAAAAAUAAAGCACCCGCCUCGUUUCCUCUAAUUAGUGCCAUAUGCGUUUUUGAGUAAACAGCUCCUCAGAAAACACUUCAUAAUUCAUCAGGGCUAGUUUUUUUCCCAGGGGGCUGUUGAUGCAUUUUUCAAACAACUUUAGACCAAACAGGAGGCUCAGUGUCGCUUCAGAGAGAUCCGCAAUUAAGUUUCCCCUAAUAAAUAAAUAAUAAAAGAUGAAUGAAUGAAAACAAGCCCUCUACCCCUCCCUCACGCCUAUGCCUCUCAGGGCUUGUGACAGUUAGAGGUUGCGUGAAAUGUUAGUCUUCAAAAGACUGUUUUUAAAUUAGCUCUUGUUUUAAGUCCAGUCCUCAAGGAACACAGUAACUACCCUCUUUGUAAACUUCUGGCAAGUGUUUGUCAGAGGUGCAUUAAUUGACUUGAAUACAUUGAAUAUGCUUUGAGGGGAAGUCUUAUGUGUGUAUUUUGUAAGGUAAAUGAUCGCAAAACCCAGCUUGUUUGUUAAUUGAUGGUCCUAAUCAUGUUCAAUCAUGUAGGCCUGGAACCACAAACUAUUGACCAAAUAAAUCACAAUCUUAUACUUUUUGAAGGACUCACUUUUUGGAGUAUGUGAGGUAUUGCGUCGCCAAUACUGGUCCUGGAGGGCCACAGCCUGUAAAUAUAUUGUCAUCAAACACUAAAAAAAACAAUCCAACUGAUUGUUGGUUAAUUGAUUGAGGAGUUUCCUUGCUAGGCCAGGGUAAAAGCCGGUCCACCCUUCAUCCCUCCAGAACCAGGACUUGGGACCACUGGUGUAGUUCUAAUGCUACCUAGAUUACUCACUUAUAUUUAUAUUAUAUUUAUAUUUAUUUAUUUAUAUUUAUUACUCACUUGUCUCCUCCCUUCUCCUUUCCCAGUCUGCGGUGGUACCAGCACCCUACGGAAGAUGAGUUGAGGAGCCUUGCUGGAAAACAACAAAAAACAAAGAGCAAGAAAGACAGGUAAGAAGGGGGGGGCUGAGGAGGGUGGGGGCGGCAGUGGUGCAGAGGGGAGCGAGUGGCGCCUCUCAUCAGGAAUGAAAAGGAGGAGAGUCAGGCGCGUCAUUGGAGCGUCAGUGGAGUCAGGCGCGUCAGUGGAGAGAUUAAGCUGAUGUGUUUAGGAGGCUUUUUUAAGGCCUGUUUGAAGUGAGAGGACUGAAGUCUUUUUGUUGUUUGCUUCUGCCUAUGAGUGACGCUAGCCUUGCCUUAGAAUGGUCUCUGGCUGUCUUAUGGUAGUGAGUUAAGGUGGUGGAAGCUUGAAUGGUAGGUCUCUCCAGGCCAUGCAGGUGACAUCUUUCAGUAGUGUAUGAACAGCAGUUUAAGACUCCCAACAAAACAAGCUGUAGGCCUAACCCCAUGUAAUGGUUUCAGGUAAAGUCAUGACGAUACUAUGGCGAGUGUGCAAAGCUGUCAUCAAGGCAAAGGGUGGCUAUUUGAAAAAUCUAAAAUGUAUAGAAAUAUAUUUUGAUUUGUUUAACAAUUGUUUGGUUACUACAUGAUUCCAUUUGUGUUAUUUCAUAGUUUUGAUGCCUUCACUAUUAUUCUACAAUGUAGAAAAUAGUAAAAAUUAAGAAAAACCCUAGAAUGAGUAGGUGUUCUAAAACCUUUGACCGGUAGUGUACAUUUGCACAAUUUUUGUCAUAUUAGCGUAGACUUGACAUGAGUCAAAACUAGACAUGGUAUCAAUAACAAGAUAUAACAAGCUGAAAUUAGCCACCUACGAUUCCCCUAAUGGCAGCUUCUUGUCAUUGUUGCUAACUAUCUGACUGCUCAUAAACAUAACACCACACAGCCUUCUGCCUCAUCAAUGUGCACACUUCAUUUUUCGUGACGUUAUCAGCCAACCCGUCUAUACACUAGCCAUCUCGCAGAUGCCCAAAUGACCUUAUACACAGAUUAAGUUCGAUAUAGUCCAGGAUAUUAUGUUUUUCUUUAGGCAGCCAUUAAAUUGACAUGAUAGCAGUGGAUUUUUAUUUAGCAGUCUUUGCUGUGCCCUUGAUUUAGAGGUGGAAUAAUGACCAGAAAAAUGACAUGGCGUAAACCUGCCUGCAACAUAGGACAAGUCCUAUCUCCCAUGUCUGUCUAGUAUUGAUUUGGCGCUCUGUCUUUUGUCCCAGGAGGAACAAUGGCCACAUUGAGAACAAGCCUCUGACCAUUCCCAAGGACAUAGACCUGCAGCUGGAGACCAAGUGCAUCACAGAGGUGGACACAUUAGGUAUGAGGCCAUAUCUACUGACACCAUUCAGUUAUUCUUAUGUUUAUUACCAGUUUGUUUUAUAUCUUAAACCUCAACAAAUCUUCAUCAUUCAGUAUUUGAGCACAUCCAUCACAAUCCAGAAUUACUGUCAUAAAUCAACCAAGUAAUAAUGGCGCCGGAGGGGAUGGCUGCCGUUUUAUGGACUCUUAACCAACCGUGCUAUUUUUUAUUUAUAUUUUUCUCUCUAAUUUUUUACUUAUUUCGUACAUAAUGUUGCUGCUACUGUCUCUUAUGACCGAAAAGAGCUUCUGGACAUCAGAACAGUGAUUACUCACCUUGAACUAGACGAAUAAUUGUUCUUUAAUAAGUCGGAAGAGAGAUUUGCUCCAGACACCCGACAGGGCCCUCAUCCCUGUCAUUCGCAGUAGAAAGAAAUGGAGAUAUCGCGGAAGGAGAUCGGGUUGCCUGGUAAGGAGCCGUCGAAAAGUGGCAAAUAUGCCUUUGCCAUCGAUACUAUUGGCCAACGUACAAUCGCUUGAAAAUAAAGUGGACAAACUACAAGCACGUAUAUCCUACCAACGGGACAUUAAACGGGCCCAGUGUAGCUCAGUUGGUAGAGCAUGGCACUUGCAACGCCAGGGUUGUGGGUUUGUUUCCCUCGGGGGGCCAGUAUAAAAAAAGUAUGAACAUGUAUGCACUCACUAACUGUAAGUCGCUCUGGAUAAGAGCGUCUGCUAAAUGACUAAAAUGUAAAAUGUAAAUGUAAUAUCUUAUGUUUCACCGAGUCGUCGUGGCUGAACGACGACAUGAAUAACAUACAGCUGGCAGGUUAUACACUGUAUCGGCAGGAUAGAACAGCAGCCUCUGGUAAGACAAGGGGUGGCGGUCUAUGUGUAUUUGUAAACAACAGCUGGUGCGCGAUAUCUAAGGAAGUCUUGAGGUUUGAGUAUUUUAUGAUAAGCUGUAGACCACAUAAUCUACCAAGAGAGUUUUCAUCUAUGUUCUUCGUAGCUGUCUAUUUACCACCACAAACCGAUGCUGGCACUAAGACCACACUCAAUGAACUGUAUACGGCCAUAAGCAAACAGGAAAACGUUCAUCUAGAGGAGGUGCUCCUAGUGGCCGGGGACUUUAGUACAGGGAAACUUAAAUCCGUUUUACCUCAUUUCUACCAGCAUGUUAAAUGUGCAACCAGAGGGACAAAAACUCUAGACCAACUUUACUCCACACACAGAGAUACGUACAAUGUUCUCCCUUGCCCUCCAUUUGGAAAAUCUGACCAUAAUUCUAUCCUCCUGAUUCCUGCUUACAAGCAAAAACUAAAGCAGGAAGCACCAGUGACUCGGUCAAUAAAAAAGUGGUCAGAUGAAGCAGAUGCUAAGCUAAAGGACCGGAAUAUGUUCUGGGAUUCUUCCAAUGGCAUUGAGGAGUACACCACAUCAGUCACUGGCUUCAUCAAUAAGUGCAUCGAUGACGUUGUCCCCACAGUGAUUGUACGUACAUACCCCAACCAGAAGCCAUGGAUUACAGGCAACAUCCACACUGAGCUAAAGGGUAGAGGGUGAUCAGGCCUACCUACCACAACAGUGGUAGGUAGGCCUGAUCACCGACAAUGACAAGACAGCCUAUAGGGAGGAGGUCAGAGACCUGGCCGUGUGGUGCAAGGACAACAACCUCUCCCUCAAUGUGAUCAAGACAAAGGAGAUGAUUGUGGAAUACAGGAAAAAGAAGAGGACCGAGCACGCCCCCAUUCUCAUCGCUGUAGUGGAACAGGUUGAGAGCUUCAAGUUCCUUGGUGUCCACAUCACCAACAAACUUAAAUGGUCCAAGCACACCAAGACAGUCGUGAAGAGGGCACGACAAAACCUAUUCCCCCUAAGGAGACUGAAAAGAUUUGGCAUGGGUCGUCAGAUCCUCAAAAAGUUGUACAGCUGCACCAUCGAGAGCAUCCUGACUGGUUGCAUCACUGCCUGGUAUGGCAACUGCUCGGCCUCCGACCGCAAGGCACUACAGAGGGUAGUGCGUACGGCCCAGUACAUCAAUGGGGCCAAACUUCCUGCCAUCCAGGACCUCUAUACCAGGCAGUCUCAGAGGAAGGCCCUCAAAAUUGUCAAAUACUCCAGCCACCCUAGUCUGCUACCGCACGGCAAGCGGUACCGGAGCGUCUAGGUCCAAGAGGCUUCUAAACAGCUUCUACCCCCAAGCCAUAAGACCCCUAUUUUACACUGCUGCUACUCUCUGUUUGCAUAGUCACUUUAAUAACUCUACCUACAUGUACAUAUUACCUCAAUUACCUUGACUAACCGGUGCCCCUGCACAUUGACUCGGUACCGGUACCCCCUGUAUAUAGCCUCGCCAUUGUUAUUUUAUUGCUGCUCUUUAAUUACUUGUUACUUUUAUUUCUUAAUGUUUUAUUUUUUUAUGUAAUUUGGGUAUUUUUUUUGUAUUUCUUAAAACUGCAUUGUUGGUUAAGGGCUUGUAAGUAAGCAUUUCACUGUAAGGUCUACACCUGUUGUAUUCGGCGCAUGUGACAAAUCAAAUUUGGUUUGAUUUUGAUUUGAAGUAACAAAACAGUAAAUAAAUCAGUCACUAAUCUUCCUCUUCCCCCUCUUCCUCCUCCUGCUCUUCCUCCUGGUUCCUGCAGCAUUGCACUACUUCCCAGAGUUCCAGUGGCUGGUGGACUUCACGGUGGCGGCCACGGUGGUGUAUCUGAUCACAGAGCUGUACUACACAGUGGCCCAGCCCUCUGGAGAGAUGAACAUCAGUGUGGUGUGGUGCCUGCUUGUCCUUGCCUUCGUCAUGUAUCCUUCAGUCAGUACAUUGUUCAAUACAUUUUUCUCUCUUUCAAUCUUUCCUUCUAUAUCAAAUCCAUUUGUAACAAUGUCCUGCGGAACAGCGUUCCAGGCCUACAGAAUGUCGGGGGUUCAGUUUAACCCAAUCUCACCUAAUAGCAACGUUUGACAAGCCAAAUAAUUAAUGGUGAAACCUCUAUUUUGGAUAUUAAAUAACAAAGAACUUACUGCAAACAACGAACACUUUCUUUCCCCUUCUGACAUAAUUACAGUGAGGGGGAAAAAAAGUAUUUGAUCCCCUGCUGAUUUUGUACGUUUGCCCACUGACAAAGACAUGAUCAGUCUAUAAUUUUAAUGGUAGGUUUAUUUGAACAGUGAGAGAUUUGCAUUUUAAUGAGGGAAAUAAGUAUUUGACCCCCUCUCAAUCAGAGAGAUUUCUGUCUCCCAGGUGUCUUUUAUACAGGUAACGAGCUGAGAUUAGGAGCACACUCUUAAAGGGAGUGCUCCUAAUCUCAGCUUGUUACCUGUAUAAAAGACAACUGUCCACAGAAGUAAUCAAUCAAUCAGAUUCCAAACUCUCCACCAUGGCCAAGACCAAAGAGCUCUCCAAGGAUGUCAGGGACAAGAUUGUAGACCUACACAAGGCUGGAAUGGGCUACAAGACAUCGCCAAGCAGCUUGGUGAGAAGGUGACAACAGUUGGUGCGAUUAUUCGCAAAUGGAAGAAACACAAAAGAACUGUCAAUCUCCCUCGGCCUGGGGCUCCAUGCAAGAUCUCACCUCGUGGAGUUGCCAUGAUCAUGAGAACGGUGAGGAAUCAGCCCAGAACUACACCGGAGGAUCUUGUCAAUGAUCUCAAGGCAGCUGGGACCAUAGUCACCAAGAAAACAAUUGGUAACACACUACGCCGUGAAGGACUGAAAUCCUGCAGCGCCCGCAAGGUCCCCCUGCUCAAGAAAGCACAUAUACAGGCCCGUCUGAAGUUUGCCAAUGAACAUCUGAAUGAUUCAGAGGAGAACUGGGUGAAAGUGUUGUGGUCAGAUGAGACCAAAAUAGAGCUCUUUGGCAUCAACUCAACUCGCUGUGUUUUGGAGGAGAAGGAAUGCUGCCUAUGACCCCAAGAACACCAUCCCCACCGUCAAACAUGGAGGUGGAAACAUGCUUUGGGGGUGUUUAUCUGCUAAGGGGACAGGACAACUUCACCGCAUCAAAGGGACGAUGGACGGCGCCAUGUACCGUCAAAUCUUGGGUGAGAACCUCCUUCCCUCAGCCAGGGCAUUGAUAAUGGGUCGUGGAUGUGUAUUCCAGCAUGACAAUGAUCCAAAACACACGGCCAAGGCAACAAAGGAGUGGCUCAAGAAGAAGCACAUUAAGGUCCUGGAGUGGCCUAGCCAGUCUCCAGAAUUUAAUCCCAUAGAAAAUCUGUGGAGGGAGCUGAAGGUUCGAGUUGCCAAACGUCAGGCUCUAAUCCUUAAUGACUUGGAGAAGAUCUGCAAAGAGGAGUGGGACAAAAUCCUUCCUGAGAUGUGUGCAAACCUGGUGGCCAACUCCAAGAAACGUCUGAUCUCUGUGAUUGCCAACAAGGGUUUUGCCACCAAGUACUAAGGUAUGUUUUGCAGAGGGGUCAAAUACUUAUUUCACUCAUUAAAAUUCAAAUCAAUUGAUAACAUUUUUGACAUGCGUUUUUCUGGAUUUUUUUGUUGUUAUUCUGUCUCUCAAUGUUCAAAUAGACCUACCAUUAAAAUUAUAGACUGAUCAUGUCUUUGUCAGUGGGCAAACGUACAAAAUCAGCAGGGGAUCAAAUACUUUUUUUCCCUCACUGUACAUGUGCGAUAGAACAGCAGAAUAUGUACUAUUUAUUUUUUUACACACUGCUCGACGCACCUUGUCUCCAUUUUGUCCACAAAACAAAAUCAAUAGCAAAGGUGCUGGGGCGGACAGUUGCGCUGUUUCCCCCUAAUGCUUACUCCGUCGUUAAAGACCUGGUAAAAGAGUUUGAUUUCAUUAGUGUCCUUGCAUUUAAUCACUGAACACAUACUGAGAAUCCUCCCUUUUGUUCCCUACCUGUUGCUGGUUAACAUCUCUUUGUCUACGAGAGUGUAAAAAACACGAGAGAGAGCCUUGAUUGUUCCCAGGUUCCGUUUCAGCAGGCACUCAGCAGUAAGUGGCCAAAAACUGACAGACUCAGCUCCAGCCACUGCCUGCCACCACCUGUCUCCCUGCUACCUGCUACUUUCUUCCGCCGAUGCGUCGCCAAAUCAUACGCAUUAUCCUCCGCCACAGUCCGUGGGGAUCAAUCUUUCCCACGCUCCCUGGCUGAGUGCGGUCGGAAGGCAUGCCAUUUCCUGCAUGCCUGCUGAGGUAGAUUGGAGGCCCAAUUUUCACAGCUCACCAGACUGAUUUGCCUGGGAAAAAAGGAGACUGGGAGGUGGGGGAGGGGGUGCACGGCUGGUUGGAUGAUGAAGAUGGUGAUAUGAUGGUGUGUUUAUGUUAAUGGUACACUUGAUUUCAUAUUCCCAUCUCGGGCGCCCCUCUUGGAGAAGUAAAGAGCCAGAGGCUGCAGCCGGGCACCUGUUGUGUUAACCUCGACUUAACACCUCAGCCAUGGAAUGGAAUCUUAAAACUGCCAAAUUGGAAUGGAUUUAGCAGAUUACAUUUUUCGUGAAGUUACGAAGUAUUGGAACAUCUGAUUCUUCCCGAGCCUUGUGAUUUCACCCAACUGAAAGGGAUUUCUAUAAGUGUUGAUGAAGUUGAAUGCACAUCAGGUAGACAUACCAUCAAGUGGCCUGUUGGUUAGCCUAGAUUUAUCCUGACAAUCAGUGAUGGUAUAACUUGAAGUGGGCUAAAGCUACUCUCGCAGAAAUGCUGCAUCAAAAUUUGCCACUUGCUUUCUGUGGCUCCUUCCCAAAUAGUAUUUAGGCUACAUUAGCAGCUGCCUCACUGAGGUCUGAUAAUGGGGUUGCAUUGCUCCUUUGAGAGAAAUUAGCUCUAAGUUGUCAGCUACCUUUUUAAAAUGCAACCUUUAGUAUCCUAUUUGUGACCCCCAGGAAAAGGCAAGUCCAUUGGCUAGCCUACAUUACCUCGAUUCCCCAUUCAGAAUGGCCUGAGACAUUGGUAUGUGGAAUAAAGGCUGAGCACCAUCACCAUGGAGAUGCAAGGCAGUUCUAGAAGCACUCUGUGUCCUUACCUAGCCCGCUAGAAACACUGCAGCCAGGCACCGCAGACAAUACCAUUCUAGUUCUGAGGAAGCCCGGCCCAUUGAGCCCUAUGGUAAUGUGUGACAGCCACUGCUUAAGAGAGUGAGAGAAGCUAGACUGUGUAUGUGCGUGCUUGUUGUGGGGUCACUGUUCAGUACUGUUGCGCGCUUUUGAUCCUUCGAGUCCAUUAUGUUAAUGAGCCACCACCAUUAUUCCAGAAAUGUCUCUACACAGCCCUGGCUCACAGCAAUAUGAUUAGUAGGCUAUAUUUCAUGAGUUGUGUGUUUCUGUGGGGGUUUUCCUUAACUCCCCUGCCCCACAGUAAGACCCUGUUCUCCCUGACGGCCUUCUACUUCAAGCUGGAGGAAGGUGGCGAGCGCUCGCUCUGCAUCACCUUUGCUUUCUUCUUCUUCGUCAAAGCCAUGGCCAUCCUCAUUGUCACUGAGAACUACCUGGAGUUUGGUCUGGAGACAGGUGAGUGGUCGAUGAGCCAUCUGUCAGUAUAGCUAGCCCACAGUGCUCUUCAAUCCUGCACCUGGGUCCUAUUCAUUAGUGCAAAACAUUUUUGUGUAAUGGAAAACUAGCGUUUUCGUCCCGUUUGCUUCCUAGUGAAUACAACCCUUGGGACCCACAGGCUGGGCAGGCUGUUGUUCCAGACCAGUACUAACACAUACAAUUCAACUCAUCAAACUAGCUGUGUUAGUGAUGGGAUAGAACAAAAGCCUGCAAAUCCUGUGCUUCCCCAGGACCAGGGUUGAAGAACAUUACAUUAGAGGAAUAGAUUAAAUCUGUUAUUAGAGGAAUAGAUUCAAUUUGUUUUGACUAAUGUACUGACUGUAAUUGUUAUUUUUCUGGACUUUGUAGGACCAAUUUUUUAAAUAUAAUAAUGUUUUCAUUUCGAUCUAGGUUUCGCAAAUUUCUCUGAAAGUGCCACACAGUUUUUGGACAACCAGGGGUUAGAGUCCCAGUAAGUAUGAGCUUUUUUUAUCAGUAUGCAUGGGUCAUGAAUCCAAUUGACUCAUGGACUGUGUGCAUAUGCACAUGUUGUAUGAAUGUGAGGUACGCUUUAGCCCAAUAUAACUGUGUAUGUUCUUUUCACCAGGGGUCCCAUAUCUAAACUCACCUUUAAGCUGAUCCUGGCCUUGCUCUGCUCUCUGAUUGGUGCAUUCCUCACCUUCCCUGGCCUACGAUUGGCUCAAAUGCACCUGGAUGCCCUCAACCUGACUACAGCCAAAGUCACACAGUGAGUUCCUCUCUUCUCUCCUGUCUUCCUUCCCCCACACCCAGACCACACAUUGUUGUCCCAUUCAAAUAUGGGCUAGCUGAAGUAGGUGUGAGUGUAAAUUAUUGGAUCCCAGGAAGAAUAGCUGCUGCUUCAGCAAAAGCUAAUGGGGAUCUGAAUAAACCAAUAAGUAAUGUGGUCUACUAGCCGGUCCUCGAUGAGUGUGGAUGAUAGUAUGCCAUAAACAUAUAGUGCUUAUACAGUAUUCACAUUGCACUCCUGGAUAAGGAAAGCGUUCUCUGACAAGAUUGUGUGACCAUUUUACGUUAUUCUUCUCUUCCAGGACCUUGCUUCAUAUCAACUUCCUGGCCCCUCUUAUUAUGGUACUGCUGUGGGUGAAGCCCAUAACCAAGGACUACCUCCUGAACCCUGCCCUGGGGAAGGAGAGUGUGCCUUUGUAAGUUCACCUCUGGCUUGUUUUUUAUUAUUAUUAUUUUUUGUUUGUCAUUAAAUUUUUCAACCACAUGCAUGGUGAAAGAAUCAGGCCUUCCCAAAGUUUCACAUCUCUGUAACAUCUCUUUCGUUCCACCUCUCCCUGUCACUCCUGGCUUUCGUACCCUCACAUUCUCGCACACUCACUCUCUCAUCUUCUCACAUUAUCAACAUGGGUUGCUUAUCAUUUUUCCUUCACCCGUCUCCUUCUCUCUCGCUCUCACACACACACUCGCUGUGUCUCUGACACCUCACCAGGAUGACUGAGGAGACCUAUGACACGUUGCGGUUGUGGGCCAUCGUGCUGCUGUGUGUGCUGCGCCUGGCUAUGAUGAGGCACCACCUCCAGGCCUACCUCAACCUGGCCCAGAAGGGCGUGGAGCAGAUGAAGAAGGAGGCGGGACGCAUCAGCACUGUCGACCUGCAGAAGAUGGUGAGUGGCACCUUGAAUCGGCCAAUCAUUUGGCCUUGACAGAUGGACAGAGUAUGAUAAAACCAAUGGGGUUUUAAGAGUUCCUGUUGACAGGAAGUUCUCUCUUCUUUUGUUUCCCAGGUGGCCCGUGUUUUCUACUACCUAUGUGUAAUCGCACUGCAGUAUGUGGCACCCUUGGUGAUGUUGCUGCAUACAACCUUGCUGCUAAAAACCUUAGGUGAGUUUGGCACAUCAUCAGAAAUUAUUGCCCGUACAUUAAAUUGAACCAUUUAGCAGCAAUCUUUAGUCCACCACACUGCUAAUGUAGCCCCCUACUCUUUGCGUUAUAGGUGGACACUCCUGGGGGGUGUACCCUGAGGGAGACCUCCCCUGCCCAAUGGAGAUUAACUCUGACCCUACCGCGGUGGCAGCACCAACUGCAGCUCCAGGGCCGGCUGUGGAUGCCCAGGCAUCGGUGGCCCAGCUGUCGGUGGCCCUCGGGGGCCUGCGAACAGUGUUUACCCCCCUGCUUUUCCGUGGCCUCCUCUCCUUCCUCACCUGGUGGAUCGCUGCCUGCCUCUUUUCCACCUCCAUCUUCGGCCUCUUCUACCACCAGUAUCUCAUGGCGGCAUAGCAGCAUUCCCCCAGGGUCAGGGUGGUGUCCCACAGGGCUCUGUUCCAGGCCCUUUCAGAAAUGACUGUGUGGGGCAGGGCUCUGAGGACAACCCUUCUCCCCUCCCACAGCCCCGUCACUCAUGACCAUAUCUGCAGAACCCCUGGUUCACCCCCCAGUACUUCCUCCAUGGAUGACUCUUAACUUGACUUUUACUACCUUUUUAUUUUGAGAGCAGGAUUCACAAAUCCUUAACAAAAGACACUAAUAUAAAUGAGAGUAAUGAUAAUGUGUAUGCAUACAGUCUUAAACAGAGCAGCAGAGAUAACCUUGUCUCUGCAGACUGGAGGCGGGGGGGGGUGGCGUGGUGGCGUGGUGGCGUGGUGGGGUCCUGUGGAUGUUGUAAAGGGAUGUGUGAACUAAAGCAGCCAAAAAGAGGUCACCGCUGCGAUGCUAGUCCUACUGGAGAAGGAGGAGAGGACACCUCACUGGGAGAGUCCCUGCUGAGAUCCCAUCACUUGAAACGGUUAUAUUUACCGGUAAAUGUGUCUAAUUGGCUACCAAGGACAAACAUGGGUUUUUAAAUGUGAUGCGUUGCUUAUGAUUUGUGAAAUAUUUUAUCCCCCUUGUUACUGUCCCUGGUAAAAAACUAAGCCAUACUGGAAGAGCUGAGAGAAACUUGUGCCCCUUCUGACCAGUUGUGACAACAGUUAGGGAGGGCAGCAACACAGGCCCUGGUCAAGGGAAUGGCACUUGUGAAUGUGUAUGUAUCUAUGUGAAUUUGAGUAAGAUCCCUGCUGUUAGGUUGGCGUACAACUAAAAGGGCAUUUUGAUCAAUAGGAGAAGUGUCAAAUCAAAUGCCAAUUAUAAGCUACGGCCUCUUUUCCUCCACCCUCCCCUGUCCCCGUCCACCCUGUGUAGAGCCAGUAGGGAAACUACCAUUUGAUGUCUUCUGUUUUUGUUUCAUGGAUCAAAUUGUGAAUGUAUAAAUUGAUUUUUAUUUCAAAGAGCUGCCAAGUAAGAAUGACCCCUCCAGUGGGCUGAUAGUUUUACAGCAACCCUGUGGACUUCCGUCUUCAGAGUCCCCAUGAGGAAUCAUUAGAGCACAAGUGUGUACUCAUACACUUGUACAUAGAACAAGAUAUGCACAAGAACAGACUUUCACAGGCACUCUGUCACACACACACAUAUUGUCACAUGCUGAAACACAGGGAUGAUUGUCCAGCCCAUUCAGGAAUAAAGAACAGUUGUGUCUGGACAGAGGGGUGUACUACAAAGCAGG